UCAAACCGGAAGUGUUUCAUGUCAACACAUCAUGAUAUUUCAUCGAAGUAUGAAAAACUAAGAUUUUUACGUUUACGUGUGAUUAAUAACAUUACUUAUCAAAAUGAAGUCCAGAUUCAGCACGGUUGAUAUUGCUGUUGUCAUCAAAGAGCUGAAAAGAUUUUAUGGCAUGAGAGUUGUUAAUGUGUAUGACGUGGACUCCAAAACCUACCUCAUUAAACUUGGAAAACCUGAUGAUAAAGCAGUGAUUCUGAUUGAAUCUGGCAUUCGAAUACAUGGAACAGAGUAUGACUGGCCCAAAAAUAUGGCUCCUUCCGGCUUCUCCAUGAAGCUGAGAAAGCACAUUAAGGGGAGACGGCUUGAGAGUAUUUGCCAGUUAGGGAUGGACAGAAUUGUGGACCUACAGUUUGGUUCUGGCGAAGCGGCUUAUCAUGUUAUAUUGGAACUGUAUGAUAGAGGAAAUGUAGUGCUGACAGAUUUUGAGUACACCAUUUUAAAUAUUCUGAGACCUCGUACUGACACCUGUCAGGAUGUUAAGUUUGCUGUGAGGGAAACCUACCCAAUCAGUGCUGCUAAGCAGCAUUCCAUACCAUCAGAUGAAAAGUUAAGGGAAGUUAUUUUGGGUGCCAAAGUUGGAGAAGUUUUGAAGAAAGUUCUUCUUCCACAUAUAGAUUAUGGGCCUGCAUUGACUGAACACUGUCUGCAGUGUGUUGGAUUUCCAGAAAAUGUUAAGGUGGCCAAAGGUUUCAGUAUCACAGAGGAUAUGGAUAAACUGAAGAGUGCAAUAGAAAUGGCUGAAUCUGUAUUGGAAUCAUUAUCAUCACAGCCUUGCCAGGGAGUCAUUAUUCAAAAGAAAGAAAAGAGAGCGGCAGUCAAAGAAGGAGAACAAGCAGAACUCUUAACUUAUGAAGAGUUUCAUCCAAUGUUGUUUAAGCAGUUUGAAAACAAGCCUCACUGUAUGUUUGAUAACUUUAACAAAUCUGUGGAUGAAUUCUUCUCUCAGUUAGAGAGUCAGAAAUUAGACAUGAGAGUUCUGCAACAGGAGAAAUCAGCUCUUAAAAAACUGGAAAAUAUUAAGAAAGAUCAUGAGAAGAGAAUAGAAGGAUUGCAAAAAGAGCAGGGUACUGACAUCAACAAGGGUCGCUUAAUAGAACUAAAUCUGGGACUAGUAGACCAGGCUCUGCUGAUUGUUAGGAGUGCAUUAGCCAAUCAGAUUGAUUGGACAGAGAUACAGAACCUGGUCAAGGAAGCUCAGUUACAGGGGGAUCCAGUGGCUUCAUGUAUCACUGGGCUGAAGCUAGAAUCCAACAUCAUCACCCUCCUUCUAAGGGACCCAUACAGAUACAGUGAUGAUGAAUUCGAUGAUGAUGAUGAAGAUAUACUGAAACCAACUAAGGUGGACAUAGACAUAUCAAUGAGUGCUUAUGGAAACUCCAGGAAGUAUUUUGAAAAGAAAAAAUCUGCAGCAAAGAAAGAACAAAAAACAAUAGAUGCAUCUGCAAAAGCUUUGAAAUCAGCUGAGAGGAAAACUAAGGAAACACUCAAAGAAGUAGCAACAGCUGCAACCAUCAAUAAAACCAGGAAAGCCUACUGGUUUGAAAAGUUUCUAUGGUUCAUUACGUCUGAGAACUAUCUGGUAAUUGGUGGACGUGACCAGCAGCAGAAUGAAAUGAUUGUAAAAAGAUACCUCAGACCAGGGGACUUGUACAUUCAUGCUGAUCUCCAUGGAGCAAGUAGUUGUGUCCUCAAAAAUCCAUCAGGUGAACCAGUUCCACCGAAGAGUCUGAAUGAAGCAGGAACCAUGGCUAUUUGUAACAGUGUAGCCUGGGAUGCCAAGGUUGUCACUAGUGCCUGGUGGGUUUAUCAUGAUCAAGUAUCCAAAACAGCGCCAUCUGGUGAAUACCUCACAACAGGAAGCUUUAUGGUUAGGGGAAAGAAAAACUACCUUCCACCUACCCACCUUGUGUAUGGAUUUGGAUUAAUGUUCAAGUUAGAGGAGGGUAGUAUUGAGAGACAUAAAGGAGAGAGAAAGGUUCAUCUAACAGAGGAUGAUUCCAUGUCUGUAGCAGAUUCAAUAGCAACAGAGAGUGAUCUUACUGCCGACAUGAACAGCUUAAGUCUGGACUCAGACAGUGAAAGUGAGGGGGAGGAAAAUAACCAGAAUGACAAUAGCAGUGAAAAUGGUGAAGACAGUGGAAAACAAAGGAAUGACUGUGGUGAAAUUAAAAGCACAGUUAGCAAUGAUAAUGCAGAUGACAGUAAAGAGACAAGUGAAAAAAGUGAAAGUAGAACAGGUGAUAGUGAUGAUAAUGAAAUUAAAACGGAAGUGAAAGUUGAAGAGGAGACAGAGAGUUUGUUUCCAGAUACAUCAAUAUCAUUACAGCAUGUGAAGGGAGACAAGUUUGAACUUCAGCGAGAGAGGAGCAGUACAAGUGGUAGUGUAGAGGCUCCGCAGAUAAAAGACACAGCUGCAGUAGACAAAGAUGGAAAGAAUGGAGGUAGAGGUGCAAAGCUUUCUGCUAAACAAAGGAGGGAAAUAAAGAAAGCUAAAAAAGCCCAAAACCAACAGAAAGAGGAUCACGAUGAUGAAGAAGAUAGUGUAUCCUGGUUAAAUCCAAGAAAGGGCAAGGUACCAGGUGAGGAUAUGAAAGAGAACCAGCCAACACAGAAUCCAAAUCCAGAAGACGCCAGACCAAGGACAGAGCCUCAAGAAGAGGAUUCCUCUGAAAAAUUCCUCCAGAUACAGCCCAAGAGAGGACAAAGAAGUAAAAUGAAAAAGAUAAAAGAAAAAUAUGGAGAUCAAGAUGAAGAAGAGAGACAAUUAAGGAUGGAAAUUUUAGCUUCAGCAGGUUCUAAAAAAGAAGACAAAAAGAAGAAAGGCAAGAAGGGACAAACCCCGCCCCAGAACUCGAGACCAGUCAGUGCUAAGCAACAGCUGCAGCAACAAAAGGGUAAAGGUCAAACCAAGUCUGUGGACAUCAUACUGAAGCCAACAGCUGAAAUCAUCAUCGAAGAUUCAACAGCUAUGGAAACUGAGAAACAUGAAGUCAACCCGGCUAAACAGGAAAAGCCCGACUCAGAUGAUGAGAGACAGGAAGAGGACAAUAAACCAGACGAUGUGAUGAUGCUGGAUUCCCUGACAGGGUGCCCUGUUAUAGAGGAUGAGCUUCUCUAUGCUGUUCCUGUGUGUGCUCCAUAUAGCACCAUGCUGAAUUACAAAUUCAAAGUGAAACUUACACCUGGAAGUACAAAACGAGGAAAAGCUGCCAAACUUGCCCUCAACAUGUUCUCACAUGAAAAGUCAACAUCCUCCAGAGAAAAAGAUCUCAUUCGCAUUUUAAAGGAUGCUGAUACAAGUCGAAAUAUACCAGGGAAAGUAAAGGUUUCUGCUCCAAAUCUUCACAAGAAAAAAGGAAAAUAAGGGAAUUGAUUGAACUUGUCAUUAUGAUGUGACCCACAGAUGAUAUAUCUUCAAACUGGAAAUAAGAAAUCCUUUUCAGAUGAAGAAAAUUUGGACAGUGUCAUUUACAUGUAUUUAAUAAUUUAAAAUUAUGAAUAAAAGAAAUAAAGAUC